AUGCCCCCGGAUGCCCAGGAAGACGAUGACCCUAUAACUGCAUCGUACGACAUAUUCAUAACUGACUCUCAAAUCCGCCGAUUACUCCUUCAAUACCCUGACCGCCCCGCCGACCAACCAUACAACGACUCCAUCGGCCAAAAGCCGCUAGAAUUCAGACUGAAGCCCAAGACUGGCCUCGUGGAACUAGAUAUACCGAUUGAUACUCAGGUGAACUACGACGAGGUCAAGGGUCUACGGUACGGUAAUGCGCUAGCCAAAAGUAGAAUUACGCAAGAGAAUGGCUCCCAUGGUAUGGCGGGUGGAUUCAAUGUGAACGGUGGUGGUAUAGGGAAGUUCAAAACAGAAGGUACAGGGGCGGAUGAUGUGAAUGUUUAUAUGGAUAUGGAUGAUGAAGAUAGGAAGGCAGGUGUCAAGAUGACUACACAGGUCUUGGGAGGAAGGAUAAAGAAGCCAGUUGAUGGAGACCCAGUUUACAUGCUGGGGGCUUUUAGAGAUAACGAACUUCAUCUUGCACCGCUGGAAGCAGUAGUGCAGCUUCGACCGCAGUUACAUCAUAUUGAUGCAUAUGAUGAAGUAUCUGUGAAAAGCAAGGCGAUGGCCAAGGCUAAGAAAGAUAUGGAUGAGGAUUCAACUUCGCGAAACGCUGCCAUGGAAGCUCGAGCAAUCGACAUGAAAGUCAAGUCUGCAGACACAGAAGGCGCCAGAGCAGUUGGAAACAAUGAACUACUUCUCAAGCUCUUCCAAGAUGAGAAGUGGGAGAAAUACAGAUGGAUAGAUGAAAAUGAUCAAGAAUCAUGGGAUAAAUAUGACCAGUAUAUGUUUAACGAAGGCCUUGAAGAGCCUGUUCAACUGCAGUCGGCUAUCACAGCAGACGAUUAUCUGGAUAGCAUGAGUGCUCCCAGAGUCGACCCUACCAGGCCCGAGAUGACUGGCUGGGCAAUGAAGAGGAGACAGCAAAUACGGAGAGCAAGUAGUAGCCAUAAAAAGGGAAAGCCUCAGGCCGAAAAUGAUGGUGACGAUGACGGUGAUAUAACCAUGGCCUAG